ACAGACGCACACUUUAUUUGUGGAUGCCUUCCUUCAAAACAACAGACUGGAUCAUGUGAGCCAAGUGAUGGGCUAUCACCAUUCCUAUUUGGAACACUUUCUUAAAACUCAAAAUUUCAUCCUCAAAGGCGAUGGUCCUCUUCCGUUUAACUAUAGGCAUUAUAUAGCAAUUAUGGCAUCCGGAAGGCAUCAAUGCAGUUAUUUAAUAUCAUUACAAAAGCAGGAGUUUAUUUUGCAAGGUGGCGACCAGAAUUGGUUAAAGGGCCUGAACUGUAUACCGCAAAAGCUAAGAAACUUGUACGAUAUCAAUAAAACUUUAGCUCAUCGACCCUGGCUGUUAAAAAAGUCUCAUAUUGAGAAAUUGACAAAGGGCGAAGACAGCUGGUCCCUGGCGGAAGUGGUCCACGCCAUCGUGAUCCUGACCCACUUUCAUUCGUUGUGCUCUUUUGUUUUUUCUUGCGGCGUCAACCAAGAGCUGGACCAAGCGGGUGGAUAUGAAUAUAGGCAGGGAGUAGGUGGACUGGUAGAGCUGACCAACGUUAAAAGUAGCAGUAAUCCCAAAGAUAUACCUUUAGUAGAUACGAGACAAGACUGGAAAACCUUGCCACCGAGCCCACCGUCUCCAACGGAACCGGAAGUGGGCAUCAGCACUCUGGUGCAGCGCAUGAAAACGUUGAGUGAGCAGACUGAAGAGUGUACUCCCGUGGAGUUGGCGAAACGUUUCGAAAACAUCGAGACCCAGUCGGCGGAGCUGGCCGUCGUGGGUGCCGAACCGGCCGAAACGCCCGCCGACAUCGGAUGUUUCGUGGAGGAUGUCACGUUCAUCUAUCAGGAUUUCGCCAAACGCGGCGAGAGGAAGGAAGUGCCCACAUUCAGAGUGCAGGAUUACUCUUGGGACGACCACGGCUACUCUCUAGUAAACAGACUAUACAAUGACGUUGGUAACCUUUUGGACGAAAAAUUCAAGACUGCAUACAACCUGACUUAUUACACGAUGGGCGGCAGGACCGAUGUAGACACGUCGCGGUUCCGUCGCGCCAUCUGGAACUACAUCCAGUGCCUGUUGGGGAUCAGACACGACGACUACGACUAUGGCGAGAUCGACGCUCUGCUCGAGAAAAGCCUGCAAAUGUUUAUCAAAAGUGCGUGCUGUUACCCGGAGCGAGUUACCAAGAAAGACUACGACAGGGUGCUUAGGGAAUUCAAACACAGUGAAAAGGUUCAUGUAAAUGUGAUGGUAUUAGAAGCUAGGAUGCAAGCUGAACUGAUCUAUGCCCUGAGGACUGUGAAUCGGUACAUGACAAAUUAA